AUGACAUGUCCUUUCAUUCACUGACCUGUCUUCAGUCAGUGUUUUGGGGAAGCCACAGCAGGAUCAGUCGCUCAAUCAUAUUUUCAUUCAUUCAGCACUUUUCACCAAUACAUUUGCUAUGAAGUCCUUUAUCUCUCUCCUAACCUCCCUCUCUCCCCUCCUCUCCAGGCAGGGCCAUGUUAUCCACGGCGGAGUAUGGCAAAACGUCGUGGGAGCUGUCAGUCCAGGUGAACCAGAGAGAUGGAGAUGAGGGCAUGAGGUUUAAACUCAGAGUCAAGGGAGACCUGCACAUCGGAGGACUCAUGCUCAAACUGGUGGAGAAGAUCAGUGAGUCCUCUCUCUCUCGCUCUCUCUCUCUACUAUAUCGCCUCUAGAGCUCUCUCUGCGCUGUCGAUAAGCUAUAUCUCAGGCUCUACUCGGCGAGCAGAGAGACUUCUCUAUCAUAGAGAGCGUGCCUGAUCUAUAAUCUCUCUUCUAUGCUCUCCUAUGCUAGCUCUCUCUCUCUCUAUCUCUCUCCUCUGCUCGCUCUCUCUCUCUCUCUCUCUCUCUCUCUUCUAUCUCUCUCUCUCUCUCUCUCUCAGCCACAAUACUAGACUGGAGAACACACCCUGGUUUUCCCUACAUUCCUCUAGACUGCUGAGUAGUAUUAUUUUCACAAAAUGCUCCAGCACCACAGCCUGAAAGGCUGAAGUUCACCACUUUAUCUCAUAUUUAUUCACCUGGGAGGAAUCUCCAAAGACCCUAUUCCCUGUGUAUUGCACUACCUUUGACGGUUAUUAUGUUUACAAAAUAAGUGCACUCUAUGGGGAAUAGGGUGUGAUUAAAGACACAGCCUGUGUUCAUCCAGGAGGAUUAGACAUUAGGGACUUCCCCAAUGGAAGACAGUAUGAAAGUGGCAAGGUGUGUUGUGUUUGUUACAGCAGAGUUAAGUAACCGUAUGACUACAUGUAUAUAAAUAAGCCAUAUAUGACUCAGUGGCCAGUCAUCAGAUUGGACUAACAGUGGUCUGGGUUUAGCCAUAACGCCACAACAUGAUAUCUUACAGAAUCACGCCACACCCAUCUGCUUCCUGUGGGGACUUUUUAUGCCUGCUGCAGGUGGUUUGUUUGGAGAGAACUUAUGGGCAGAAGCUUUCUCAUAUAGUCAGAAACCUACACAUGCUCCAUGCUGAAAUUGUCAAGUUCUUAGACAGUUGAAUAUCAAUUUUAAUUGUGGAUGAAAGAUAAAAUGAUACAUGUUUAAUGGCAAUGUUUGUACUUUGAGAAAAUUCUGUCCUUUUAUCCAACCAUAACCCCUCUCUUUCUCUUUCUUUCCCUCCUCUCCCUCUCUCCGCCAGAGGCCCCUCAGGACUGGUCAGACCAUGCUCUGUGGUGGGAGCAGAGGAGCUGUUGGCUGCUGAAGACCCACUGGACCCUGGACAAGUAUGGUGUCCAGGCAGAUGCUGACCUGAGCUACACCCCCCAGCACAAACCCCUGUGCCUGCAACUGCCCAACAUGAAAACGGUCAAACUCACUGUCAGCUACUCUGCCGUCGUCUUCAAGACCGUCGCUGAGAUCUGCAGAGCGCUCAGUGAGUACCCUACCCGGGCAAUAGUGCAGAUCUGAAAGGAUUAGAUCAGUGUCUAAUAUGGUGAAGUUCCCAAUACGGGAAAUGUUCGCCAUAUUGUUCAUACUUCUCCAGUCCUCUCACAUCUUCACCAGGGCUGAGGGGGUUAGGGGCUAGGGGAAAGGACCUAUGGGGUGGGGGUUUAAAUCUAGAUAUAAGGAUAUAGAGGUCUAGGAUCUAGGAGUCAGAUAGGGUGCAGUGCCUCUCCUUGACCUGGUCUUCCUUUUUCCAGGCAUCAGGAGGCCAUAGGAGAGGGUAGGGGUUAGGGUGUAGAGUCUAGUGGUAGGAUCUCUCCUUGAUGUCCUCACUCUCCUCCAGACAUCAGGAGGCCAGAGGAGCUGUCCCUGCUGAAGCCUCCAGAUGACCCGUCCAAGAAGAAGAAGAAGAAAGACAAGAACCCAGCACUGGACGACAUCUUAGACAUGGACAUCAUCAGCGGAGGCUCUGGGGGAACAGGUGAGAGUCACAGUGUUAUUAGCGUGUUAUAAGCAUAUUAAUACAAUGUUAAUGAUAUGUUAUUAGAUAUACUGUAUCUUCAAUGGUCAGAUUCUUCCAAUCUGUUUUCAUGUGACGAUUUUUCAACUAAGUUAGCCAGUUAGCCAUAUCCUGGUGACAGCCUGUUUCUUCUUUAGCCAACCCCUUUGUUGUCGUCUCUCUGUCAAUAUAGCUUUGUUGAAUCAUAGAAACCUUCAGGCGCCCAGGCUAAGUUAUCCUCAUUGAGAAGUUAGCCUGGCUCGAACUCUACUCAUAUUGCGAUGGUCAGCUUCAAUCACGCUGUGAAGGGAUUUAAUAUAUCACCAUGGCAACACAGUCAAGGUUGGCUAGUUACUGACACCACUACCAGAUUCCGCCCACAUGGUGGCGUCAUGGCUUCUGUAGACUUCUGAAACAAUCCAAGAAGGAAUGGAGAAUGGAGAAUUCUAUAGUGCUUCUGAAGAUCUAAAAGAAUACAGCAAUCAUUAAGGAAAUCUGAAAGAAUAGUAGCUAUAGUGCGCUGCUAUGUUCUCAAGGCUUUCAUUAACGCAUACUUUGAAAUGCAGACACACACACUUUCUGUGUGAGUGUACAGUAGCUACAGUAUAGGGCAGCUGAGGAUUCCACACCAACUCAUAAAACCAGCCUCAUUUUGACAGUUGCUCUGAACCGUUUCAAAUGAAUUAUUUCUGAGUUGAAGGCUCUGCUGCUUUUAAACAAAUGAAGACAGGGCCAUUUCGCCCAUAAUCCUCUCAUUUCCCAUGAGGCCUCACUCAUGGGGCCGUAUUUGUUCAUAAAGUGUGUCAGAGUAGGAGUGCUGGUCUAGGAUCAGGUCCCACUGAUAUAAUCUUAUUCAUUAUGGUCUAAAAGGCUAAACUGAUUCUAGAUCAGCAUUCUCACUCAGAGCCUUUAUGAAUAUGGGCCCUGAGUUGUAUCUCCUCCUCCACCUGACCCCUCCAGGCAGUCCCCUGUACAGUAAGACCAUGGUGCCCACCUACGACCCAGAGAACGGGACUCCUGCCUCGGCCACCAGCCUGUGGUUUGGGGACAACCCCCUGACCUCCAGCCAGCCCAACCUGCCCCCUGCGGAGCUGGCCAAGAUGUACCAGCAGCUGUCCAUGGUGGAUAAAGCCAUCAUUAAUGCAGGGUGAGAGUUACUCAGAAACAAAAACUCCAUUGGAAGGAAGAAACCUUGAAAGGAACCAGACUCUAUGGCUGGACAGGUAGAAAAUAUGCUAGUUGUUGCGACGCUGGAGGGCAGUACUCUGUCUCUCCCCUGAGCACAUAACUUCCUGGUUAACUGUGACAUGCUGCUGAUGUGAUUGACAGGUGGCUGGACUCCUCCCGCUCCUUGAUGGAACAGGGCAUCGGAGAAGAUGACAGACUGCAGCUACGCUUCAAAUACCACUGCUUCUUCGACCUCAACCCAAAGGUUACUCUAACCCCUGACCCUAACCCUAAGUGGGAGUUUGAAUACCACUGAACCACAACCCUGUGGUGAGACAAACUGUAACCAUAACCCCACGCCUAACCCUAACAUUGACUGAUUUGUGUGUGUUUCAGUAUGAUGCUGUGAGGAUAACCCAGCUGUAUGAGCAGGCUCGCUGGUCCAUCCUACUGGAGGAGAUCGACUGCACUGAGGAGGAGAUGCUAAUGUUCGCCUCCUUACAGGUAGACAAACACAUGCACACACUCACACACAUACAAGCUCACAUCUGCCCACACGCACGUCGCACAUUCAAACACACACACACACACACACACUCACACACUGUUAUCCAUCUGGGAGAACCAGUUUGGUGUCUCAUUCCCAGAGGAGGCAUGUUGGGACAGGAGGACAAUCCCAUAGGAGAGAGUGAGGAAAGGAGGGGCCUGAACUCCUCUGGGUGAGAAAAUAUGAGAAAAUAUAAAUAACAAAGAACGAUGAAGCGGAAAACUUAUGACUACUUACAUUUCAAAUGUUCUUCAUCUCUGACUUUGAAAACAUUUAAAAUGUUUUACAUUUUAGUCAUUUAGCAGACGCUCUUAUCCAGAGCGACUUACAGUAAUGAGUGCAUACAUUUUCAUAUGUUUCUUUUCUCCAUAUUCUAAGCUGAUCUAUAAAAAUUGUUGUGAAAUCCCUGAGAUGGUUAUUGCUCUCACCUGCAUAAUUACUGGAAUCACAUGGCUCUCUCUGUCUCCUCCCAGUCUUGUGUCAUCAUCUGGCCUCAAGUGUUGAACUAAAAUCUGUUUUUUAAACAGCUAAAGGCUGGGUAUAUUUAGUUUUUCAAAGUGGUCUGUUAGUUUUGUACCCUUCUUAUCUAUUGUGUAUUGUAAAAUCUCCUGUUGCUCUUAGUAUGAUAUAUCCCCCAAUUCCCAUCAUUCACUGAUUAUUAUUAAUGAUUAUGUCACUAUUUGUUUCAGUAUCACAUAUGCAAGAUGACCAUGUCCACGGAACCUCUGGACUUCUCCAAUGAACCAGAGAUGGAUGAAGUAGAGGCUGCCCUAUCCAAUCUAGAGGUCACACUUGAAGGAGGAAAUGCAGACAGAAUACUGGUAAGUGUAGUUUUUAUACAUAUAAAGGAUUCAUAUUCUUUACAUAUAAAUGAUAAAGAAGUGUGUAUGUAAUUUGUUUGCUACAGUUUGUUUUCAACAGUUUCAGAGGGUUCAACACCUGUAUUUAAGCAGGGGUUGAUGGGUAGUCUGCUUAGAUUGCAUGUUUCAACAUGAUGAUGUCACUAAGUCACAGGAUAAUUGACAGUUGUUUGUUCCCGCCCCCCAGGAAGACAUCACAGACGUUCCGAAACUGGCAGACUCCCUCAAGCUGUUCAGGUAAAUCCUGAGGGCCCCUGUAUUCGCCCAGAAACACACAAUGUAUUGUAUACUGUACCUCUAUAUCUGUGUAACAGAUGGAAACAUAAGUCAAAGAGACCUUGAAUGAUAAGUAGUAGAAAUAAAAUGCCAUUUCACUUUCGAUAAGGAAAGGUUCAUGCCCUACACUGUAUAUAGCCUGGAGUCCAUGGCACAGACAGUUCACACAGCAACAUUGAAUGUGCAACAGUGUGACUGUGUGGGGACACAACCUGUAUAUGUUUUUCCUCACAGAGCUUAUUAUUUUUUUGUAACCAGGCCUAAAAGACUGACGUUGCGUCCGUAUAAGGAGUACUGGUUCGUGUUUAAAGAUACCACUAUCUCCUACUACAAGAACAAAGAGACAGCUAGUGGAGAGCCCAUAGAACAGUUGCAUCUCCGAGGAUGUGAGGUGGUCCCUGACGUCAACGUGAUGGACAAGAAGUUUGGAAUCAAACUGUUGCUCCCAGUGGCUGAUGGGAUGAACGAGGUCUACAUCCGUUGUGACAACGUAAGAUGCUAUUUCUUAUUUAAUAUUUUAGUUUAUUAAAGUUGGGGCACCACCAACAUGACUCAGUUGUUCCCGCUACAUAUUGUAUUAACAUUUUUGUUUUUAUCCAGGAGACGCAGUAUUCCAAGUGGAAGGCAGCCUGUACCCUGGCCUCCAAGGGCAAGACCAUGGCUUACAGCUCCUACAGGUCAGACUUGUUUUACCUAAUACUUCACAUGCCUUGGACCACAUUAGUAGGGUUGUGACUGUAAACUGACCAGGAGAAACUGUGAUUGGUCCAGGUCGGAGGUGAAGAACAUCCAGUCGUUCCUGCAGAUGAAAAGUCUGGCGCCCCCUCCUGGUCAGGCUGCUCCAGACUUGGAUGCCAUGGAGAUGAACGCUGAGUGCUUUGUCUCCCCCAGAUACGCCAAGAAGUACAAGACCAAACAGGUGGGUGUCUAUCUGCAAUAUAGAGGGAUCAAUCAUGAUUCAGUGUUUGUGACAGAGAGAGGAUGUCACCAGAGCUCUCCAGAGAAAGAGUUUAUGAUCUCUGACAGGACUCAAGUGACACAAUAAUACGCAUCUGUUGACACCCAAACCAUUCUAUUCCAUUCACUCACCCUUUCAGUAUUUGUUAGAUGACUGACAUAAUGUCUGUGUAAAGUAGCCUAAAUGUCCCUUUUCUGUCUCCUGUCUCCUGUCCAGCUGACAGCGAGGAUCCUAGAGGCCCAUCAGAACAUCGCCAGGCUCUCCCUCAAUGAAGCUAAAAUGCGCUUUAUCCAGGCUUGGCAGUCCCUGCCUGAGUUUGGUAUCAAAUACUACAUUGUCAGGUACGUAAAUGUGACCGGCCAGGUUCAAACAGCUCAAGACUGUGUUCGCGAGAUAAAGCCUAGGAGUUAGCUCAGGGAGGUAAUGCAAGUCUUCAGGUCCCAGGCAAAGUUACUCAUCACACAAUCAUGGUUCACAAAACCACCAUGGUUACAUAAAGACACUAUGAAUGUCUGUGUUUGUGUGUUCCAGGUUCCGAGGCAGUAAGAAGGAUGAGCUGAUGGGUAUCUCCUAUAACCGUCUGAUCCGUAUUGACAUGUCCACUGGCCUGCCUGUCACCACCUGGAGGUUCGCCAACAUGAGACAGUGGAAUGUCAACUGGGAGAUCAAACAGGUAAAUGGCUCUAGAUUGAUUGAUUGGUUCAUUGAUUAAUUUAAUUGAUUGAUUACUUUUUACAGAUUGGAAUGUAAAGGAUAAUAGUUGCCUUUGUAAUAAGAGAAACCAGCUUCUCCUGAAAUCAGUAAUAAUCCAUGUCGUUUCAUGUCUCCAGGUGGCCAUAGAGUUUGACCAGAAUGUGUCGAUAGCCUUCUCCUGUGUGAGCUGUGACUGUAAGGUGGUCCAUGAGUACAUCGGAGGAUACAUCUUCCUCUCAACACGCUCCAAAGACCAGAAUGAGACACUGGACGAGGAACUCUUCCACAAACUUACUGGAGGGCAGGAAUGA